AUGUUCAUCUCCAACACCGCCCUGAAGUUCCUCUGCGUGUUCGUGGACCAGUAUGCCGGUCUGAAGAUCGGCUUCGGCAUGCCAUCACAGUCUGUUGAGCAACUGGCGUACUUCGUCCGCGCGGACGACGCCGUGAUCCUGCCGGAGACGUUCGAGAACGCGGUGCACUUCGGCAUGAUCCGCGGCAGCGGCAGCGAGAGCCUGCUGCGCCUGAUGAACGGCGUGUUCGCGCCCAACGUCACCCUCAGCGGCAGCUGGCCCGAGAGCAUCAAGAACAACUACCUGGCCCACAUGCACCGCUUCCUCACCACGCUCACAGAUGCCCGCUUCAAGCUGGUGGGCAACACGGUGCUGUACGUCCCCAUGGAGGCCAUGCAGUGCACCCCUGAGGAGGCGGCCAAGGACAAGGAGCUUGUGCAGAGACUGGAGAUGGUGAUGAUCCACUGGACGCGUCAGAUUAAGGAGAUGCUGAACGCCCAGGAGACGGUGGAGACGGGCGACACCACUGGCCCGCUGGAGGAGCUCUCCUUCUGGAGCAGCCGCUGCUCCGACCUGUCCGGCAUCAGCCAGCAGCUGCAGCAGCCCGGCGUCACGCACAUACGCACCGUCCUGCAGAUGUGCAAGUCCUCCUACGUGGCGCCCUUCUGCAAGCUGGCCAAACAGAUACAGGACGGCUCGAUGCAGGCCCAGUCCAACCUGGCCUUCCUGUCCUGCUUGCGGGAGCCGUGUGAGGAGCUGGCCCAGCUCCGGCCCAGUGAGGGGGCCCCCAAGCUGGCGCACAUCCUCAACAUCAUCCGCUUCAUCUGGGUCAACUCCGUCUACUACAACACCCGCGAGAGGCUCACCGCCCUCCUACGCAAGGUGUGUGACUGCCAGCAGCAGUUUGCGCGGCGUGCGGAAGGCCAGCAGGUGGCGCUGCCCUGCUUCGGCGGGCGCCAGGGGUCGGAGGUGACGCGGCGCCUGCUGGAGAUGGAGACGGCCUUCGACAAGAGCCUCCAGAUCCUGCGCUGCGUGCGCAAGGGCAUCCUGGACGUCAAGAACACCUCCUGGCACGACGACUACAACAGGUUUCGUGCAGGGGUGAAAGACCUUGAGGUGAUGAUGCAGAAUCUGAUCCACUCAGCCUUUGAGACGGUGAACACGGUGGAGGAGGGAGUUCAGCUGCUCGAUGUGUUCCAGCACCUGUCUGCCCGAGAGGCCAUAAAGCGCACCAUUGACCGCAAGACGGUGGACGUGUACGCCCUCUUCAACAAAGAGCUCAACCUGGUCAACAAGGAGCUGAGUCGAAAGACCAAUCAGCUGCCCCCACACAUGCCCAAGAACGCCGGGCAGGCGCACUGGGCGCGCGCCCUCCGCCGACGCAUCGACAAGCCCAUGGAGGUGCUGCAGAGGGCCCACUUCAUGCCGCACAUCGGCAGCGGCGAGGAGGUGCUGCUGGCGCACGCGCAGCUGGUGCAGACGCUGGACGAGCUGGUGCGGCGCGUCUUCAGCGAGUGGAGCCAGACGCUGGACCGCCAGAGCCUCAAGCGCCUCGACCAGCCGCUCAUGCUGCGCAGCCGCGACCGCAACGGCAUCCUGGACAUCAACUUCGACAGAGGCCUGCUGAACAUGUUCAAUGAGAUCCACUACUGGGAGCGGCUGCUGUUUGAGAUCCCGCACUACGUGUCUGAAGUUUACCAGCGCCGGGAGGAGCUCCGCAACCUCCGAGAGAACGUGCUGCUGGUGGUGCGUGACUACAACAGGAUCAUCCUGGCCCUGUCUCCUGAAGAGCUGGGGCUUUUCAAAGAACGGAUCCGCUUCCUAGACAAGAAGAUCCAGCCUGGGCUCUCCAAGCUCCUCUGGUCCACCAAGGGAGCCUCCAACUUCUUCAUCAACGACUGCCGGCUGCACGCCAGCAAGGUGCAGCUGAUAGUGGACGAGUACAAGGCGGCGCGGCAGGCCAUCGGUCAGCACUGCGUUGCCAUGAGCGAGCUGCUGCUGGUGCGCGUGGACGGCCGCACGGUGUACCGCGAGGCCGAGUUCGAGCAGGACCAGCAGAGCCACCGGCAGAACCAGCUCGCGCGCCUGCAGGCCGCUCACCAGCACAUCGUGGCCAUCAUGGCCCGCGUCUACGAGACCUUCCGCCUGGAUGGACCCGAGGUGCAGCAGCAUUGGGUGACGUUCACGGAGCACAUGGACAGCAUGGUGGAGGAGGCUCUGCGUCUCAACAUUAAGCGCUCGCUGCAGGAGCUCUCCAAAGCCAUCAACGGAGACAGCAAGGCCUCCCCCAACCCACUGUUCAGGGUGCAGGUGGUGCUGAGACAGGGGGCCUCCAGCACCACAGAGCAGGUGGAGUUCUCCCCUACGCUGCAGAAGCUGGCUGAGCUGGUGAACAGCAUCAGUCCUCAGCUCAUCAGCACCAUCUCAGUGUUCCAGCGGCUGCCAGACCUGCUCACACGCAGGCGCUCCCAGAGGAAGCCAGUGCACACCAUCAUCGAGCAGGACGAGGAGGUGUGUAAGAUCCAGGCGGCGAUCGCCGCGGGGAUGGCGGCCAACGCCGCUCACCUGCAGGCGUACCUGAAGACGUGGGACAAGCACCGGGAGAUCUGGGAGAUCAACAAGGACCUGUUCAUCCGCCGCUACCAGCGCCUCAACCCCCCCGUGUCCUCCUUCGAUGCUGACAUUGCCAGGUACACGGAGGUGGCGAACAACGUGCAGAAGGAGGAGACGGUGCUGAGUGUGCAGUUUGUGCUGCUGGACUGCGCGCCGCUCAAGUUCUCUCUGGUGCAGCACUGCAACGAGUGGCAGGGCAAGUUCACCCAGCUGCUCAGCCUCAUGGCCAGCACUCGCCUGCGCGACCUCACCGCCUCCCUGCAGGACAACGCACACAGGCUCAGUCAGCCUCCUCAGACUCUGGUGGAGUUGGCAGACAGCCUGAAGCUGCUGGAGACGGUGCAGGGAGACCUGGGGAAGAUCGAGAACCAGAUCCUGCCCAUCCACGAGCAGUUCGCCAUCCUGGAGAAGUACGAGGUCACGGUAGACCAGUCGGUGCGGGAGUUGCUGGAGGCUUUGAACGGCGAGUGGGUCUCCUUCCAGGAUGUGGUGAUUGACAGCGACAUCAUGCUGAAGAAGCACAAAGACAAGUUCAAGAGCAGCCUCAUCUUCUCCGCCGAGGAGUUCAAGAAGAAGAUGCAGGCCACCGUGGAGGAUUUCAACAGCACAGGUCCCUUCAGUAAUGCGGUGGGCUCCGAGGCAGCGCUGCAGCAGGUGGAGGCUCUCUGUACUCAGCUGCAGACGCUGAAGGAGGAGGAGAGCGGCAUCCGCUACGGCCUCAGCAUGUUCAAGAUCGAGCAGCCGCACUCCAAAGACAUCCAGACCCUGGAGAAGGACCAGGACUACCUGCAGCAGGUGUGGGAGAUCACGCAGCAGUGGGAGCAGCACUGGGAGGAGUGGAAGGUGGGCCGCUUCAGCAGCCUGCAGACGGACAGCAUGGAGCACACCGCACAGGCCCUCUACAAGAGACUCAACAAGCUCAGCAGAGAGCUCAAGGAUAAGCAGUGGGAGAUAGUGGAGACGUCCAAGAACAAGGUCAACCAGUUUAAGAUGACCAUACCCCUCAUCACAAACCUGAGGAAUCCAGCCAUGAGAGACAGGCACUGGAAUCAGAUCCGUCACGAGGUGCAGUGUGUGUUUGACCAGACGAGCGAAGACUUCACGCUGGAGCGGAUCGUGGUGCUGGGACUGGACCAGUUCGCCGAGCGCAUCUCGGAGAUCUCCGGCGCCGCCAGCAAAGAGCUCUCCAUCGAGCAGUCGCUGGAGAGCAUCACCAGCACUUGGCAGGAGAUCUGCCUGGACGUCGCGCCUUACAAAGACAAAGGUCACCACAGGCUAAGGAGCACAGAGGAGGUGUUUCAGGCUCUGGAGGAUAACCAGGUGACUCUGUCCACCAUGAAGGCGUCUCGUUUCGUGCGCGCCUUCGAGAAGGAGGUGGACUACUGGGAGCGCAGCCUGUCCCUGGUGCUGGAGGUCAUCGAGAUGGUCCUGACUGUGCAGAGACAGUGGAUGUACCUGGAGAACAUUUUCCUUGGAGAGGACAUCCGCAAGCAACUCCCCAAGGAGUCCACGGAGUUCGACGACAUCAACUCCAGCUGGAAGACCAUCAUGGACCGGCUGCACAAGGACAACAACGCCCUGAGAGGCACUCACCACCCAGGGCUUCCGGAGAAGCUGUCAGAGAUGAACAGCAAGCUGGAGGAGAUCCAGAAGUCCCUGGACAUGUACCUGGAGACCAAGCGGCAGAUCUUCCCCCGCUUCUACUUCCUGUCCAACGACGACCUGCUGGAGAUCCUGGGCCAGUCGCGCAACCCCGAGGCCGUGCAGCCGCACCUGAAGAAAUGCUUCGACAACAUCAAGAAGCUGCGAAUCGGAAGGGUUGGGCUCAGCAGUUCUAAGUCAGAGGCCAUGGGCAUGUUCUCAGCUGAUGGGGAGUAUGUGGAAUUCACCCACCCAGUGCUCCUGGAAGGACCUGUAGAGGCAUGGCUCUGCGAUGUGGAGCGGACUAUGCGCUGGUCUCUGAAAGACUCCCUGAAGAACUGCCGCAUGGCUCUGAUCAAGAACACAGGGAAGAGGGACAGAUGGGUCAAAGACUGGCCCGGACAGAUGGUCAUCACUGCCAGCCAGAUCCAGUGGACCACGGACGUCACCAAGUCCCUCCUGACCAGCAAAGAGAGAGGGGACAAGUCUGCCCUCAAGUCUAUGAAGAAGAAGCAGGUGUCCAUGCUGAAUCGUUACUCCGAGGCCACGGGGAACCUCUCCAACAUCAUGCGGCUCAAGAUCGUCGCCCUGGUUACGGUGGAGGUGCAUGCGCGCGACGUCAUCGACAAGCUGGCCAAGGCGGGCUGCGCCGACGUCAACGCGUUCGAUUGGCUGUGCCAGCUCCGCCUCUACUGGACAAGGUGUGUUCCUGUGCUGGCUAAGAAGGUGUUCACGCUGUACUCUCUGGCGGUGCAGCAGCUCUCCCAGCAGGACCACUACGACUUCGGGCUGCGCGCCCUCACCUCGCUGCUCCGCUACGCCGGCAAGAAGCGCCGCGUCUGCCCCGACGUCGCCGACGAGGAGAUCCUGCUGAUGUCUAUGAAGGACAUGAACAUCGCUAAGCUCACCUCCAUCGAUGUGCCACUCUUCAGCGGCAUCAUCCAAGACCUCUUCCCUGGCGUUGAUACCCCCACCAUUGAUUAUGGCAAGCUGAAGGACGUGAUCGAGCAGGAGCUGCAGGCCUGCGGGCUGCAGGUGACGCCCUUCACCAUGACGAAGGUCAUCCAGCUGUACGAGACCAAGAACUCGCGCCACUCCACCAUGAUCGUGGGCAAGACGGGCAGCGGCAAGAGCGUCACCUGGAGGACCCUGCAGAGCACCCUGUCCUCGCUCCACCGCAAGGCCCAGCCCGGCUUCAACCACGUCCGCGAAUGCCCCCUGAACCCCAAAGCGGUGAGUCUGGGCGAACUGUACGGCGAGUACGACCUCUCCACCAACGAGUGGACCGACGGCGUGCUGUCUUCCCUCAUGAGGAACGCCUGUGCAGACGAGAAGCCCGAUGAGAAGUGGAUUGUGUUUGACGGGCCGGUCGACACGUUGUGGAUCGAGAGCAUGAACUCUGUGAUGGACGACAAUAAGGUGCUGACGCUCAUCAAUGGAGAGAGAGUGUCCAUGCCUGAGCAGGUCUCCCUGCUGUUCGAGGUGGAGGACCUGGCUGUGGCCUCCCCAGCCACUGUGUCCCGCUGUGGGAUGGUGUACAACGACUACUCUGACCUGGGCUGGAAGCCUUACGUCAGGUCCUGGAUGGACAAGCGGGAGAAGGCGGAGGUGGAGCACUUGCAGCGGUUGUUUGACGCGUACAUAGAGAAGACGCUGGUGUUCAGGAAGAGCCACUGCAGGGAGCUGGUGACCAUCACCGAGCUCAACGGAGUCAUGUCCCUCUGCAGACUCUACGACACACUGGCCACGCCACGCAACGGGGUGAACCCCCAGGACUCGGAGCACUACGGGCGCAUGGUGGAGCUGUGGUUCCUGUUCAGCCUCAUCUGGUCGCUGUGCGCCUCAGUGGACGAGGACGGACGCAAGAAGAUCGACAACUUCCUGCGCGAGCUGGAGGGGACCUUCCCUAACAAGGACACCAUCUACGAGUACUAUGUGGACACCAAGACCAAGAGCUGGACGUCAUUUGAGGACAAGCUGCUGAAAAGCUGGCGCUACCCUGCCAACGCCCCCUUCUAUAAGAUCAUGGUGCCCACGGUGGACACGGUGCGCUACAACUUCCUGGUGCAGGCGCUGGUGGGCAGCCAGUACCCGGUGCUGCUGACGGGGCCGGUGGGCACGGGCAAGACCUCCGUGGCACAGAGCGUCCUGCAGGGCCUCGACUCCACCAAGUGGACCACGCUCACCGUCAACAUGUCCUCUCAGACCACCUCUAAUAACGUGCAGGCCAUUAUCGAGAGCCGCGUGGAGAAGCGCACCAAGGGCGUGUACGUGCCGGUGGGGGGGAAGCGCAUGCUGGCCUUCCUGGACGACCUGAACAUGCCGGCGGUGGACGACUUCGGCUCCCAGCCGCCGCUGGAGCUGCUGCGUCUCUGGAUCGACUACGGCUUCUGGUACGACCGCCAGAAGCAGACCCUCAAGUGUGUCAAGGACAUGUACCUGCUGGCCUCGAUGGGGCCUCCUGGUGGUGGGAGGACGCACAUCUCGGGGCGACUGCAGAGCCGAUUUAACCUCAUCAACAUGACCUUCCCUGCGGAGUCCCAGAUCAAGCGUAUCUACGGCACCAUGAUCAACCAGAAGCUGCAGGAGUUUGAGGAGGAGGUGAAGCCCAUCGGGGGCGUCCUGACGCAGGCCACGCUGGAGCUGUACUACGCCAUCAUCGCCCGCUUCCUGCCCACGCCCGCCAAGAUGCACUACCUCUUCAACCUCAGGGACAUCUCCAAGGUGUUCCAGGGCUUGCUAAGAGCCCACAGGGACUUCCAUGACACCAAACAGAGCAUCACUCGCCUGUGGAUCCAUGAGUGCUUCAGGGUGUUUUCGGACCGCCUGGUGGACCACUCAGACAUGGAGGCGUUUGUGGGUCUCCUGUCAGACAAACUGGGAUCUCUGUUUGGGCAGACCUACCACAACAUCUGCCCCAACAAGCAGCAGCCCAUAUUUGGCGACUUCCUGCGGGAGGCGCGUGUGUACGAGGACCUGCUGGACUUCAAGGCGCUGAAGAGCUUCAUGGAGGUGCAGCUGGAGGACUACAACCUGACCCCGGGGGUGGUGCCCAUGAGCCUGGUGCUGUUCCGCGACGCCAUCGAGCACGUGACGCGGGUGGUGCGCGUGAUCAGCCAGCCGCGGGGCAACAUGCUGCUGGUUGGCAUCGGGGGGUCGGGCCGCCAGAGCCUCUCCCGAUUGGCCGCCUACAUCUGCGAAUACCUGCUCUUCCAGGUGGAGGUCACCAAGCAGUACCGCAAGCAGGAGUUCAGAGAAGACAUCAAGAAGCUGUACCGCAUGACCGGAGUGGACAACAAGCCCACGGUGUUCCUGUUCAACGACACGCAGAUCGUGGACGAGUCCUUCCUGGAGGACAUCAACAACAUUCUCAGCUCCGGGGAGGUGCCCAACCUGUACAAGGCUGACGAGUUUGACGAGGUCCAGAGUGCCCUGUCAGAUUCGGCCCGUAAGGAGAACGUCCUGGAGACGCCGGACUCCAUGUUCAACUACCUCAUCGAGCGCGUCAGGAACAACCUGCACAUAGUGCUGUGCAUGAGCCCUGUGGGAGACCCAUUCAGGAACUACAUCCGUCAAUACCCUGCUUUGGUGAACUGCACCACCAUCGACUGGUUCUCAGAGUGGCCACGUGAUGCCCUACUGGAGGUGGCCGAGAGAUACCUGGACGGCAUCGCCCUGGGCAACGUGGAGGGGAUCCAGUCGAAGGUGGCCAACAUGUUUGUGACGAUCCACCAGUCCGUCACUCAGAUCUCUCUGCGCAUGAAGGAGGAGCUCAAGAGGCACAACUACGUCACCCCCACCAACUACCUGGAGCUGGUGUCUGGCUACAAGAAGACGCUGGAGGAGAAGCGUAGUGAGCUCGGUGAGCAGGUGACCAAGCUGCGUAACGGCCUGUUCAAGAUCGACGACACGCGCACCAAGGUGGAGGCCAUGUCCGUGGAGCUGGAGGAGGCCAAGAAGAAGGUGGCCGAGUUCCAGAAGCAGUGCGAAGAGUUCCUGGUCACCAUCGUCCAGCAGAAGAGAGAGGCCGACGAGCAGCAGAAGACGGUCAGUGCUCACAGUGAGAAGAUUGGUGCUGAGGAGAUCAAGUGUAAGGCCAUGGCGGACAAUGCCCAGAGGGACCUGGACGAGGCCCUGCCUGCUAUGGAGGAGGCCAUGAAGGCGCUGGAGUCUCUGAAUAAGAAGGACAUGACGGAGAUCAAGUCGUACGGCCGCCCCCCUGCCCUGGUGGAGACGGUCAUGCAGGCCGUCAUGAUCCUCAAGGGAGCCGAACCCACCUGGGCAGAGGCCAAGAGACAGCUGGGCGAGUCCAACUUCAUCAAGCAGCUGGUGCACUUUGACAAGGACAACAUCUCGGACCGCGUGCUGAAGAAGAUCGGCCAGUACUGCACGCAGCCCGACUUCCAGGCGGAGAUCAUCGGACGCGUGUCGCUCGCUGCCCGCUCCCUCUGCCUGUGGGUCCGCGCCAUGGAGGUGUAUGGGCGCAUCUUCAGAGUGGUGGAGCCCAAGAGAGCUCGGCUGAACGCAGCCACAUCCCAGCUGGCAGAGAAACAACAAGCAUUGGCAGAUUCCCAGGGCAAACUGAAAGAGGUGGGGGAGAAGCUGGAGCAGCUCAAGUGCUUCUACGAUGAGAAGCUGGCCCAGAAGGAGGAUCUGCGGCGGCGUUCCGAGGACAUGGAGCUGAAGCUGGACCGCGCCGGAAAACUGGUCACCGGCCUCGCCGGGGAGAGGGUGCGCUGGGAGGAGACCGUGGUGGGUCUGGAGUCUAACAUGGACUACCUGGUUGGAGACUGUCUCCUGGCCGCAGCGUUCCUGUCCUACAUGGGGCCCUUCCUCUCCAACUACAGAGAUGAGCUCGUCACCAGCAUCUGGAUGAAGAAAAUAAGUGCGCUGGAGGUUCCGUGUUCCCCAGGCUUCAUCUUUGCCGUGUUCCUCUCCAAGCCCACGGCGGUGCGCGAGUGGAACAUCCAGGGCCUCCCGUCUGACGCCUUCUCCACGGAGAACGGAGUCAUCGUCACCCGCGGCAACCGAUGGCCCCUAAUGGUGGACCCGCAAGGACAGGCCCUGAAGUGGAUUAAAAACAUGGAGAGCAAAAGAGGGCUGAAGGUGAUUGAUCUGCAGAUGCCAGACUUUCUGCGUAUCCUGGAGAACGCAGUGCAGUUCGGUUCCCCGGUUCUGUUGCAGAACGUGCAAGAAGAGCUGGACCCCUCGCUUGCCCCCAUCCUUAACAAGUCCGUCGCACGAGUGGGUGGGCGUCUGCUGCUGAAGUUGGGUGAUAAGGAGGUGGAGUACAAUCCUGACUUCCGCUUCUACAUCACCACCAAGCUGUCCAACCCCCACUACACGCCUGAGAUCUCCACCAAGACCACCAUCGUCAACUUUGCUGUCAAAGAACAGGGUCUUGAGGCACAGCUUCUGGGUAUAGUGGUGCGUAAGGAGCGUCCCGACUUGGAGGAGCAGAAAGACUCUCUGGUGAUCAACAUCGCCUCAGGCAAGAGGAAACUGCAGGAGCUGGAGGACGAGAUUCUCAGGCUGCUGAAUGAGGCCACGGGCUCGUUGCUGGAUGACGUGCAGCUGGUGAACACCCUGCAGACCUCCAAAGUGACGGCCACCGAGGUGUCCGAACAGCUGGACACCAGCGAGCAGACCGAGAUCAAGAUCGACACCGCCAGAGAGGCGUAUCGUCCGUGUGCCCAGCGGGCGUCCAUCUUGUUCUUCGUGCUGAAUGACAUGGGCCGCAUCGACCCCAUGUACCAGUUCUCCCUGGACGCCUACAUCGACCUGUUCAACCUCAGCAUGGAGAAGAGCAAGCGCAGCCACAAGCUGGAGGAGCGCAUAGCCAACCUCAACGACUACCACACCUACGCUGUGUACAGGUACACCUGCCGAGGGCUGUUUGAGGUCCAUAAGCUCCUCUUCAGCUUCCACAUGUGUGCCAAGAUCCUGGAAGUCGCCGGCAAACUCAACAUGGACGAAUACAGCUUCUUCCUCCGUGGAGGCCUGGUGCUGGAUAAGGAGGGCCAGAUGGACAACCCGUGCACCAGCUGGCUGUCCGACUCCAACUGGGACAACGUGACGGAGCUGGACAAGCUGACCAACUUCCGCGGCCUCAUGGCCUCCUUUGAGCAGUACCCCCGCGACUGGAACCUGUGGUUCACCAGCGCCGAGCCCGAGAACGCACCCCUGCCAGGUGAGUGGGAGAACAGCUGUAAUGAGCUGCAGAGGAUGUUGGUAGUGCGCUCUCUGCGGCAGGACCGCGUCUCCUUCUGUGUCACCUCCUUCAUCAUCAACAACCUCGGCUCGCGAUUCGUCGAGCCCCCCGUCCUAGACAUGAAGGCUGUGGUUGAGGACUCCACCACUAAGACGCCGCUGAUCUUCGUGCUGUCCACUGGCGUGGACCCCACCGUGCAGCUGGAGAAGCAGACCGAGACGUCGGGCAUGAGCAGCCGCUUCCACGCCCUCUCCCUCGGCCAGGGCCAGGCGCCCAUCGCCACCCGCAUGAUCAAGGAGGGCGUUAAGAACGGUCACUGGGUGUUCCUGGCCAACUGCCACCUGUCGCUGUCGUGGAUGCCGCAGCUGGAUAAGCUGGUGGAGCAGCUGCAGGUGGAGGAGCCGCACCCCGACUUCCGCCUGUGGCUCAGCUCCUCCCCGCACCCCGAGUUCCCCAUCGCCAUCCUGCAGGCCGGCAUCAAGAUGACCACCGAGCCGCCCAAGGGUGUGAAGUCCAAUAUGAAGCGUCUGUACCAGCAGGUGUCGGAGGUGCAGUUUCAGCGCUGCCAGAGGCCGCUGCCGUACCGCAAGCUGCUGUUCUCCCUCUGCUUCUUCCACAGCAUCCUGCUGGAGAGGAAGAAGUUCCUGCAGCUGGGCUGGAACAUCCUCUACAGCUUCAACGACUCCGACUUCGAGGUGAGUGAGAACCUGAUGAGUCUGUACCUGGACGAGUACGAGGAGAUCCCGUGGGACGCGCUCAAGUACCUGAUCGCCGGGGUCAACUACGGGGGUCACGUGACCGACGACUGGGACCGCCGCCUGCUCACCACCUACAUCAACGACUACUUCUGCGAGGGCACCGUCAACACGCCCUUCUUCAAACUCUCGUCCCUGACGGCCUACUACAUCCCCAAGGACGGGCCGCAGGCGUGCUACCGCGAGUACAUCAGCCUGCUGCCGGCGGUGGAGCACCCCGAGGUGUUCGGACAGCACCCCAACGCCGACAUCGCCAGCCAGAUCGCCGAGACGCGCACCCUCUUCGACACGCUGCUCUCCCUGCAGCCGCAGGUCACCAGCACCGCCUCCACCGGCGCCGGGCCCAGCCGAGAGGACAAGGUGUUGGAGCUCUCGGCUGACGUGCUGCAGAAGAUCCCUCCUCUGCUGGACUAUGAGGGCACCAGGCAGCUCCUGCAGGGAGACCCCUCGCCCCUCAACGUGGUGCUGCUGCAGGAGAUCCAGAGAUACAACGCCCUGCUGCACACCAUCAGAAGCUCUUUGAUUGAGCUGGAGAAAGGCAUUAAAGGGCUGGUGGUGAUGUCCAGUAGCUUAGAGGAGACCUUUAACUACAUCUACGAUGCUAGAGUUCCACCACUGUGGGAGAAGACGUACCCGUCUCUGAAGCCGCUGGCGUCGUGGACGCGGGACCUGUGCCAGCGCGUGGAGCAGUUUGCCCGCUGGGCGGAGACGGCGCACCCGCCCGUCCUCUUCUGGCUGUCCGGCUUCACCUUCCCCACCGGGUUCCUCACCGCCGUGCUGCAGCACGCAGCCAGGCAGCAGAACGUGUCUAUUGACACACUCUCCUGGGAGUUUGUUGUGUCCACGGUGGAUGACAACCACCUCCUCGACCCACCCAAGGACGGGGUGUAUAUCCGGGGCUUGUUUCUGGAGGGGGCUGGCUGGGAUAAGAAGAACUCGUGCCUGGUGGAGGCCGAGCCCAUGCAGCUGGUCUGCCCCAUGCCCACCAUCCACUUCAGACCCGUGGAGAACCGCAAGAAGAUCGCCAAGAGUAUGUUCCUGUGUCCGUGCUACUACUUCCCUGUGCGGUCAGGUGGAGCGGGCCGGGCCUCGUUCGUGGUGGCGGUGGACCUGAAGUCAGGAGCCAUGCCGUUUGAGCACUGGGUCAAGAGAGGCACCGCCCUCCUCAUGAGUCUGGACUCAUAGAGCUGACCACACACACACAUAUCACACACACACACACACACACACACA